UAAUAUUUCUGCUGUUCGGCACAAACCUAAAACUCGUAAAAAUGGUCAAUGGCUGAAACCGAAUUUUGAUCAGUCAUAUAUUGGGGCGGAUGAUCUACGCGCUGCCUCAGUCCAAAUGUAUGGGGGACGAAAACCUCGUUCAGGUCAUCCUGUUGCUCAUAACCGGCACAUUACUGGCCACUGGCAGAUGCGCACUGAUUCUCAUGGCUCUAAAAAUUGUGAAACUUACAGUCAAGUUGAAUCUUUACUUGUCAGAGAUGAAAAGUAUAUUGGUGAAGGAACCCAAUAUUACCCGCCCAUCGACGAUAACGGCUAUCCACUUGCGGAGAAGAAUAAAAAACAUCACGAGGCUGAAAAAUUGGGCAUUCCCUACCCUGCUCAUAUUGACGAAACUUGUCUUAGUGUGCGGAGAACGAGAAAAAAUUCUAUUUCUGCCACUGCCGGGGCCGCAUCGCAAAAUUUGGUCAAAAUCAAAGAGAAUGCUAGACCGGCUAAUGAAAGGACCACGAGUGGAACGAUUCAAAUUCAUAAUGGGCAAUCACCACUCACAAAUCAAAACAUCACAAAAAAAUUGCUCGGAGAUCCAUGUUUACGAAAAAAAUCACUCCCUACGUUAAAUCAUGUACCCAUAUCGAACGAUAUGCUAGAAAGUAACGCUGUUCUUGAAUUUAAAAGUGAAAUGUUCAAUACCAGUGAAGGAGUACCAUUGCGCUGCGACGGGAGUUGCACAAAUGAUAUCCAUAACUUCGCGUGCAGAAGAUCGAGCUCGUUACUUGUACAUUUUCACUGUGAUACCAAGCUUAGUGAUUUGGAUGAACACGACGGAAACUCUUUACCCACUGAAGUAACAGAUUCUGAACGAACGAGUUCGAGUGUUGGCAGUGCUUAUUCAUGUGAAAAAGAGACUGAUGUCAUUUCAUCCGACUAUUUGACGACCGACAAAAAAGACACCUUAUCACCACAUCAGUGCAGCGAAGUUAAACAGUCAAAUUCUGUCCCGAAAAAACAAAACGUUGUUUCGAGUAAAACUGCAUCCAAAGACGCGCGCAAUUCUUCACUGAAGCGCACGGUCAAGCCAUCCACAGCUUUGAGUGACACAGUUGAUUUUCCUGUAGCGGAGACCUCUCACUUCGGUGACAGCACUUUUUAUCUUGCACGGGAGGGACAUGGAGCUCCAAACACAUCAUCCGACUCCAUCGCUGAAGAUCGAACAAGGGAGAGUGUCAGUAAGAAGAAGAAAUAUAGAAAGUUCAGUCAUUUUGUUUCGCAAAAUCUCUUUGACGGGUGUUAUAGUCCUUCUUCAUCGUCUAGUGUUGCCAGUAGAACAAGGACGAGUGUUUCUCAAUUGCCAAAAUGCAACGACAAUCCAUCUAAUGUUGUUCUUGUGCAUGAUCAGAACCUCCCUAUCGGGCAUAUUUCAUCAAGCACCCACUUGCCGGAUAUUUUAACCCCCACUCGCCUUCCUAAUUCCGACAGUCGCAGCACUUCUGCUCCACCGGAGAAGCUUUUGGCAAAAGAUCCUUUACAUGGGCUCUCUCCGGGCAACUCCAAUAAAAGCAUGACUCCUGCCCGCGACUCCAGAGAAAAGUCUUCGGGUUCUUGCGAUUCUCCAAGUUCAGUUCAUAGUUCUAAGCAAAACCAUCGGGCUCCCACACAGGAUAUAAACUAUAACGAGGAAGAAAACAAGUCACCGUCCUCUAAACCUAUAAUUUUACCAGUCAAAAGUCCUAAUUUGAUUUCUCGUUUUAUUAAGAAGAUCAGCUCACCGAGUCAGCCUCCUCAAAGUUCUCCCGUUUCAAAUAAAUCUAGACGAGCUUCCCCGAAUUUGAAAGCUAGCGAUAGCACACCAGUCACGACAUUACGACGUUUCAAGUCAGUUGACGAUCUGGAUGCUUUACAACCCACCACUAAAAACGAGGAAAAUCUCAAAUCAAAAAUUCUAACUCCGAAAGUCGACAACAAUCUUCUUCGUGAUCCCAAGAAACAUCUUCAAGAUGCUAGAGCUAUCAAUAAGAAUCCAAAACGUGAAUACUCUUCGUCGUGGAAAAGAGCGCAAGCCAAGCUGCGUAAGCAUCAGUCUGCUAAGUAUGGAUCCUUGGACUCGUCCAUACUCCAAUCUGAACGUGAUGGACGCCUUGCUCCAGAUAAGCCAUUCACUUCGAACACUUUGCCAUCUCAAAAAUAUAAGCCUUCGAAAAUUAAUACAAUCCGUCGGAGAAGUUCGAAAAAAUCUCUGCCGCCUGUAAAUAUAAGAACGAUUAGCAGAACCGGAACAAAGUACCGGAGCAUUUAUCGUCGUGGGGCGAGACGAUGGCGCAAGCUGUACAAAGUCAACGGUCACAUCUACCAAGCUAAGCGAUUCAACAGGCGAGCAUCAUGCGCUUUCUGCCAAGACCGCAUCUGGGGUUUGGGUCGACAAGGCUUCAAGUGCACCCAAUGCAAAUUAUUGGUGCACAAGAAAUGCAGCAAACUGCAGACGAGGCCGUGCAACGACCACCACUUGGACACCUCCACGGACACGGUGCUCAGCAACGACAGCGUCUUGACGCCCUCCGAGAGGGGCUCUGUGACCCAUGGGCGCCACAGGGCAUCUGUCGCAUCUUCUAUCGCUGGUAACAGCGUAUCACGCGCUAGUGUUGCAGGAGUCCCUACGGCUCUUGCUGCCACCGCAGUGGCUGAACAACAGGACCUCAACAAUGCUGAAGUGACGGAGGAAGCCGCCGUUGAGAUGCCUCCUGGAGAGCCAAUGGUCCAGUCGCCAAGCACUGCUGGCCAGUACAGUCUCGCUGAUUUUGAGCUGCUACGCGUUAUUGGACGCGGAUCUUACGCUAAAGUCCUCAUGGUUGAGCUCAAGCGUACUGGCAGAAUAUACGCCAUGAAGGUUAUCAAGAAGACGCUAGUCACGGAUGAUGAGGACAUUGACUGGGUUCAGACUGAGAAGCACGUGUUCGAGACAGCAUCCAACCACCCGUUCUUGGUUGGCCUGCACUCUUGUUUCCAGACACCGUCUCGCCUCUUCUUCGUAAUCGAGUUCGUACGCGGCGGUGACCUGAUGUUCCACAUGCAGCGACAACGCAGACUCCAUGAAGAGCAUGCGCGCUUCUAUGCUGCCGAAAUCUGCCUUGCUCUUAAUUUCCUACAUGAAAAAGGCAUUAUCUACCGAGACCUGAAGCUGGACAACGUCCUACUGGACCACGAGGGGCACAUCAAGCUCACAGAUUACGGCAUGUGCAAGGAAGGCAUCCGUCCCGGCGACACGACGUCCACUUUUUGUGGCACCCCCAACUACAUCGCUCCUGAGAUACUACAGGGCGUCGAAUAUUCCUUCAGCGUAGACUGGUGGGCUCUGGGUGUGCUUCUCUAUGAAAUGCUGGCCGGUAAAAGUCCCUUUGACAUCGUCGGAGCAUCUGAUAACCCCGACUUCAAUACUGAAGAUUAUCUCUUCCAAGUGAUUCUGGAGCGUCCCAUCCGUAUCCCUCGCUCUCUUUCGGUGAAGGCAGCCAGUAUCCUUAAAGGAUUCCUCAAUAAGAAUCCAUCUGACCGUCUUGGCUGUCACCCAGAGACCGGCUUCACUGAUAUCAUCGGCCACCCGUUCUUCAGAACCAUCGACUGGGAAUUGUUGGAGGCUCGUCAAAUAUCUCCUCCCUACCGUCCAGCUCUUAAAGAUGAAAGAGAUUACGCUCAGUUUGACCCGUGCUUCACUAGGGAGCCCAUCGAAUUUUCUUUCGUUGACCAACGCGACAUUGACAACAUCGACCAGAGUGAAUUCGAAGGCUUCGAGUAUGUCAAUCCUCUGCUGAUGAGCAUGGAAGACUGCGUGUGAACUUGGCUCAAGGUUCUACUCGCGACCGCUGCUAAUCAAAUGACCAAUAGAAAACCGCCGAAAUACUUUGUAUAUAAUCAAGCUUACAAUUUAUAUCCAGCUUAUGAUGUUAAUAAUUUCCUCGCCCUGGAUAAGUGGUCCGUGUUGUUCAUUAUAAGUAGGCUUAAGACCAAAUGUUAUUUCUCAAGGCAACUUCAUGUCCUGUGUGCUUAUUGAUCAUGAUUGCAGCUAUUAGACUCGUACAUAUCACUCGGUGAGACGGAGAAACCUUUAUCAGUGUUAGACUCUCGUUACUUCGAUUUGAGAAAGCCCCGUUGAAAUCCCGUAACGGAAUGCCCCUGAAUCAUUCCUUGGUGCUGUGAGAUGAAGCGGGUCGAUUAUUAUUGACCCUUGAUAAUUAUCAAGGUCUUCCUUCAGGUGCAGUUAAAUAACUAUUUUUUGACCUAUAAAAUCGUCUGCAAAGAAAAUAUGACCUCAAUAUUAUAAUAGUGCCAAUUGAAUUAAAAUCACACCGCGACCUAGUGACAUUUUGAAUUUUUCCGUGGGAUUCAUUUCAUGGGUGACAGCUUGCCCUGACUAUAAAUGCUAUUAGUUAGACUUCGCGUUCUUGACAGGCAAGUGCGGACUUUAUUUAAAGUGUUGAAGAGCGUUUCUUAUUUAUUAUUUUAUUGAGAUCUGCAUGUUAUUAAUGACACCUUGUUUAAUUUCUGAUUAUAAAGAACAUUUUUAGCCUCUACUAGCUCCUGAUUCCAUCUUGCUCCUCACAUAAAUCUAAAAAUAUCUGCUCACUUGUAAACCAUUCACUGAAUUGCCAGCUGUAUGGCAGCAGCGGGGUUCCAGUUCUAGGCUAUAUUAGAAUUUGUAACGAAGAUCCGAAAGUGAGGUGUAUGAAUUUUGAUAACAAAGCUGUGAGUUAGAUAAAUGAGUACGUACGGGAUAAACGUUCGCCCUCGCAUUGCAUGAACGUUAUUUGCGGUUCUGUGAUCAUGAAGACAAUAUUGUUGUUAAGACCCCGCACCCGGUCUCGGCGUCGCACAAACGCAACUGGGUCUCUCCAAAUGUCUACGGUGUUGGGGGCAGUUGAAGAGGUUUAACACAUCAUUCCGGAAGAACUGGCUGCAGCUGCUUAAUUUGCUGAUGUUAUUGUUAAUUCUGCUUUUGUAGCUAUUGAGGAGUAUGCAGUGACCGGAGCAAAGUUGUACCAGCGUCCGUCUUGCUGAUAUCUGAAGUGAUUGUCAAGAUAAGUCUAUUGUUGGGGGAGGCCAGCCGUUGAGUAGUACUGGUGCGUGGUACGAGUCUUUGACGGCUCAUGCAGCGUUGGAGUGGAGAGUGUUACUGGCUGUUUUAAGUGGUGAGCUGUUGAUGUUGGUUGGGAUUGAGCAACAUUGAUGUAUUCGGUGAGAGCAACAUUGAGUACGUAUUCAAUGAUUGAGCACCAUUGAUGUAUUCGGUGUAUGGAGUGUUUUAUGUUGCGGGGUAGGUGUCGGGUAAUGAUGGUAUUGGGGGCGAUUGAACGGUCUGGCGAGGAUGGUUGUUCUGUGGUUGGGAGCCCCGUUGGUGUGUCCACAUUCAGAGUACCGUGAUCGGAGUUGCCGAUUUCAAUUGCCAAAUUUUCGCUCGUAUCCUUAUUGCUUAAGUACCAGACUGGGUCAUGCGCUUCAGGUCACCAAACACUAGGAAGUUCAAUAAUGUAGACAUUGAUGAUGUUCAGACCUGUGUUGUUAGUUGGUCUUGUUCGAUUGCAUUGUGGCCUGGUAGAGGUUUAAGUGUAAAAAAAGAUGCGUUAUGGUUCAGCAUCAUCAUACCGUCGCCUCGUCCCGUCCCCCGAUCUUCACGGUAAACGGCCAAGUUGACAAAUUUCGGAUCUUCGAUUUAAAUGAAAACCAGUUGGUUUCUUGGAUGGCCACGAUUUGGAUGAUAUGGGUAGACCAAAAUUGUUCGAUCUCGUCAGAUUUGCUUCAUAUGCAUAGGAAAUAGUUGUUCACUUGAUUGAGAGGCCGACAAGUUAUCCCAGACAAUUCGUACGUACGGAAGACAAUAUUCUUACGUUUUCUAGUUGAUCUUGCAAUUCUGUAGCUUAAGGGGAAAUGCCCCUGUAAGUUAUUGCCUGAUAUUCACUUCAUUUCCCUAAUUCUUGGUAACAUCGAGUAAUUUUUUGAGAACCGAUCACCGGGAUACAAAUUUAAAUUCUACAAUGCAUUUUUCAUUCAGCUUUUUGAUCGUGAAAUUUCGAGAUGGGUUUUGUUGUUUUUCCCCGAGAUAAUUUCUUACAUUAUGAGCGGGUUCUAGCACAGCAGGCUCUUUGCUGUGUGGUGCUUGUUCAGCUUGCUGGCCGAGUUGAGGCAUUAGUGUGAAACUUUACCCUUCCUUCCCUCAAUUUUCGUGGGGAAAAGACGCAUUUUCAUCUGCCAUGUGACGUCAUAAAUAAUAGAGUAUUGUUUUUAGAUUGAGAUCUUCGAAAGCUUAUUUCGUUUAGAAUAUAUUACGAGAAAUUUAAAAUGCGUGUCUACCUGAAAUAAAAUUUCCACAACUGUAUAGUCUAAUAAGAUGUGUUCAUUUAAUAUUUAUACAUUGAGAAAUGUGAUUUCAACUCCACAAUAUUUGUGCCUUCAUAUGCUUAUUUUUUGUUGUUCGAUGGCUAACUUGAAGAAUAUUUUGUUGAGACGAGCUUAAAGUGCAUUCAGCCGCUUGGCAUUAUUAUCGAUGUGCCUUCUAAGACGAUGUUCCGUGUAAAGUAUAAAAUUUAAUGGAGGAACCACAUGGAAUUCGUGCACCAUAACUCUUUAGACAAGAGCUGAAGAAUGGUUAUUUAAUAGAAUAACUUUACCACUAAGUUGAUGAACCGUGUUUAGUAGAUAACUUUAAUGGAUAACUCAUAGUAUGCAUUCCCAUUAGAAUAUCGUCAUUAUAUCCUUUUUUACUAGGUAAUAAUUUCAGAACAUUAUUUCGAUUGAUGACGGUUUUCAUUACCGAUUAAGCAUGAAAUGUUUCAAAUGCAACUAAGACGCGAGUUGUUAAUAUUUUAUUAUAAACAUGACGUAAUCGUUUCGUAUACCAUUGAUUUAUUUUGAUUACAAUUGAAAGAACAUGUGGUCGAACACAGAUGUUGCAUAGAACAACGUUUUCUCAAUCUAUGGUAAUCUGUGCACCAGGUGAUAAUAAAAUACCGUAAACGAA